UCAAUAGGUCACUUGUUUUCGAGUGCUAUUUGAAAUGUAUGACCUUGAGUGCUAAUGCAAGGGACUAGGAUUCCUAAUUACCAAUCGGUCUAGAGAUGGCAUGUUGUAACAAUAAAGGCGCUAUUAAUAAGUGCCAAAAGAUUUUUGGAUGGGUCCCUGUAGUGUUUAUACUAUUAGUUCUCGGGUGGUCGUAUUAUGCUUAUGUGUAUUCACUUUGUAUAGUACAGGUCAAUUAUGUGGCAGAAAAAGUGUUUUUUCUGAUAUUCUUCCACUUGUUCCUGAUAUUGUUUUGCUGGUCAUACAUGAAAGCUAUUCUAGUACCUCCUAUUCAGCCUCCGAAACAGUUCCACCUAACAAGUAGUGAAUGGGAGUCAUUGAAUGAUGCUGCUGGGAAGGAAUCUGAACAAAAUGCAAUAUUAGAAGCCAUAGUAGCAGAACGAAACCUGCCAGUCUAUCUUUCCGGUUCAGAUGGGAAGAUUCGUGUGUGCAACGUAUGUGCCCUAAUAAAACCCGAUCGUUCACAUCACUGUUCUACCUGUGGAGUAUGCUUAUUAAAAAUGGAUCAUCAUUGUCCAUGGACGAAUAAUUGUAUUGGAUUUCAUAAUCACAAAUUCUUUAUUGUCUUUCUAUCAUGGGGUGUGGUGUAUUGUUUUUUUAUUAUUUGUACUUCAGCGUCAUAUUUUGCAGAAUUUUGGAGAUGUCCAAAUAACAUCUCAGUUGAUCGAUUUCAAGUGUUAUUCCUUUUUAUUGUGGCUGCUAUGUUUGGUCUUUGUCAACUUGGCUUAGCUUCAUAUCAUAUGUAUUUAGUUGGAAUAAAUCUAUCAACUUUAGAAACUUUUCACUAUCCAAGAUUACGUGGCGGUCAACCUGAUAAGACUCUAUUCAAUUUGGGGAUAAAAGAAAAUUUCCGUGAAACUUUUGGAUCUUGUUUUCAAUUAGCUAUACUACCAGUAUUCACUACUCCUGGAGAUGGUAUAAAUUGGCGUUAUCGAGUGGAUCAAUAUUUACAAAAUAAUAAUUUAGAAGUUGGUAAUACAAAUCCAUCUAUGCUGUUGACAUCAAAAAUACCACAAAAUAAUAAUCGGGAAGAGUAAAUAAACAAAGUAAUUUUAAUAUCAUACUGCUGAAAAAAAUUGUAUAACUUUGUUAUACCUAGUUGUUUUUUUUGUCUUUGUUUUUCUUUUUACCUAUAAACUCUCUUUCACUGUGAAGAACUCCUUAUUACUCAAUUAGAUUGUAAUAAUAACUAAGGUCUGUUGCAUUAUUUUAACUUAUUGGAAAUAAUUAUUCUGUCUUUUUUUUAAAAAAAAUCUCACCCUUUAUUCUAUUCAUUAUCGUUCUCCAUCAAAAUCAUUAUCAAUGUUAUCUAACCAAUUAAUUAUUUUAUUCAUUGCACAUAUUUUCUGUAUCUUCUUGUUUAGAAUUAAUUUCUUCAUUUAUCUGCUGUUGUCACGUAUGGUACAGAUGGAUUAUUGUUGGCUUCAGCUUCAUUUUUCUUUUUGUACACAUUCAUAUUUUUAUGAGAAUAAACAUUUAUUUAACAACUGAUAAAAGAUCCUAUGUGCCUAAAUUAUUAUUAUAAACUAUUUUGGCUCAUAUAAAUCAACUUACUAUUCCGUGAGAAGUAAUUAAAUAUAUAUAAUAUCAUAUCUCUAUUUGGCUUUCUUACAAGGAUUGUUUAUAUUUGUUGAUUUUUCGUUUAGAUUUCUUACUUUCGAUCAUUAGCUUACUGAACCCUUGUCAUUUUUAUCUCUUUUAAAAGUGUUAGCUUACAGUGUAAAUACUUUGACAAAUUCGCCGUGUUAUAUUGUUUAACCUAAUGAGCGCGCUCUAAAUGUAAAGAUUGGUGAUAAUAUCCGGUUACCUAAACAGAAAGAGGUGGACUGGCGUUUGAACCUAGGACUUAUUGGUUAAACGUCAAACGCCUUAAUUACUGAGCUACUUCUCUACCGCCGUCUCAACGUUGGUGGUCGAUUAGACGAAAAUAUAAAUAUAAUAUGCCAGCAUUCUGAAUUACUUCCUUUGCUCCAAAAUAAGAAAAUUACUACUACUAUG